GGUGCGUUUGUUAUCAAUUGUAAGUGCGACGUGAUCGCGUGGGAGAAUCGGCCGGUAGUCCGCGUGAACAACAGUCUUUACUGGCAGAUGCUCUGGUGUGACAUUUUCCUAUAAUAAUCAGUUAAUAAUGACGAUGACGAUAAACGCGGAUCUACGGCGGGAACGCGAGAGAUGCAGCUUCGAUCCCAUGGAGCUCACGAAUUUCUGGGAUGGCAGUAAGGCAAAGACGUCGCAUCGGCAUGAGUUAGAAAACUUCUUUCUAAGUGAUCCGAUUCUGCAUGACAGAAUUCCCGCAAAAUACAAAAGUCAUAAGGAAAUUUACGAAGGCGCAAUAAUGAAAGGAUGUCGAGUGUUACAGAAGGUGCAACAGUUACAUGACUCGGGGAAAGGCGGCAUGGACGUUUUCUCACAAAUUUUAGGAGGUAUGUUAGGCUCAGCGAUACUGAAGGAUGGUAAUCCGUUGACACUACACUAUGUGAUGUUUAUACCUGCUAUUAUGGGACAAGGCACUGUUGAACAACAAGGAUAUUGGAUAUCUAGGGCUUGGAGCUGUAAUAUCAUUGGUACUUAUGCCCAAACGGAGCUUGGUCAUGGCACAUUUAUUAGAGGUUUAGAAACUACAGCGACCUACGACUCUGAGACUAAAGAAUUUGUAUUAAAUAGUCCGACUUUGACAUCAUACAAAUGGUGGCCUGGUGGUUUGGGUCAUACGGCGAAUUAUGCAAUUGUCGUUGCACAAUUAUAUACGAAAGGAGAGUGCAGAGGUAUUCAUGCCUUUAUUGUGCAACUUAGGAAUGAGAACACUCAUGAACCCUUACCAGGUAUAAAGAUCGGUGAAAUUGGCACCAAAUUAGGAAUGAAUGCAACUAAUAACGGCUUUCUCGGUUUCGAGAACGUUAGAAUACCGCGCGAACACAUGCUGAUGAAAAAUUCUCAGGUGCUGGAGGAUGGAACUUAUGUGAAAGCGCCUAGUGACAAACUUACCUACGGUACUAUGAUGUUCGUUCGAGUGGUAUUAGUACGCGAUAUCUCUAAUUACUUAUCAAAGGCGGUAACAAUAGCUAUCAGAUACAGCGCAGUGAGACGACAGAGUCAGAUAAAACCUGACGAGCCAGAAUCACAAAUUAUGGAUUAUGUUACUCAACAAUAUAAAUUGUUUCCCAAUCUUGCUGCGUGUUUUGCGUUUCGAAUGUGCGCCGAUUGGAUUUGGGAGAUGUAUAACAAUGUGACAGCUGAAUUAGAUCAGGGAGAGCUAGAAAGACUACCCGAGCUGCAUGCCUUGGCAUGUUGUCUAAAGGCAGUUGCAUCAUCAGAUGGCGCUACUGGUAUUGAGCAAUUACGAUUGGCAUGUGGUGGACACGGUUAUAUGGAUGCGAGCAACUUGCCGGCGACUUAUGGUUUAGUGACUGCUACUUGCACUUAUGAAGGCGAAAACACAGUUCUGCUAUUGCAAACGGCUAGAUAUCUGGUGAAAGCUUGGAGACAAGCUAUUGGCGGCGAAUCGCUUCCGCCGACUGUCGGAUAUUUAGCUGUUCUUUCGCGUGGAGUAAAACAGCGUCCUUGGAAAAAUACUUUAUCGUGUAUUGUGCAAGCGCAUCAAGCAGUUGCCGCAGGCAAAAUUCGUUUGGCAACGGAAAACAUGGACCGCAGAAUACGCAGUGGUACGGCAUCAGAAGAUGCAUGGAAUGAAACUAGCAUUGAAUUAGCACAUUGCGCGGAAUCUCAUUGCCGUGCUUUCUUAGUAAUGAGAUUCGUUGAAAAUGUCAGAGGAUUGACAUCUGUAUCCAAGCAGCUUCGCGAGGUUUUGAUGCAACUUUGCGAAUUGUACUCGAUAUAUUGGGUACUACAACGACUUGGAGAUUUUCUUCGUUUUUCCUGUUUAAAUAACGAAGAUGUUCCGGCGCUUCAAGCACGCUUCGAAGAGAUGCUCGCUGCAAUCCGUCCAAAUGCUGUCGGUAUUGUCGAUGGAUUCAAUAUUCGUGACGAGAUCCUCGCAUCCGCGCUUGGCGCAUAUGACGGCAAUGUAUAUCAGCGUCUCUUUGAUGAGGCAAUGAAAAGUCCUUUAAAUCAGGAGAGUGUUAACCAAUCCUUCCAUAAAUACCUUAAACCUUUCCUUAAAAGUAAUUUAUAGUCAUAUUAUUUUUAUCACAAAUAGU